GAAUCACCAAGCUGCCUUCACAACGUCGGGCCGCACGUGCUACUGCUGCACGUCUUCGCCUCGCUCGAUGCAAAUGCCACUGGCCGCUGCCUGGCAUUAUAAGUGCCCGACCCUCUACACUUUUACCAUGCUCGCCGUCAGUUGUAGUAGUGUGUUUUCGGGGGAAAUACAUAUAACCUAUAGCACGAGGAAGAGAGAGGGAGAGAAAUCUCCGAAAGGGUGACCUCAUUCUCAAGGCCGCUAUAACAGCGUUUGUCUAUGUCAUCAUGGGAGGCUGCGCCGCGGCUGCUACGCUUCUACAUCGCAAGCAGGAAACCACAGACCUGCGGGAUGAUGGUGCAGAAAACAUUGCAGAAGAAAUUGCAUUGUCUCACGAAUCUGACUACGAUGAUGAGCUUGGUGUUCCUGACUCCUUAAAUAUCACAGUUAAUGAGAAUGGAGAGCCAGUGGAUAUCCAGAAAGAUUGUGAAGACACCUGUGACAAAAGUGAAAAGCGAGCACUGCCAUUUCUAGCAGUACACAAUCCACCUGUCAAAUUCAACAGUCAGAAUAGAUUUGUUUAUAUUCCAUGUGAAGAUAUACAUGUAAAAAUAAUCGAUGUAGAAAGAAGUGUUACAACGCAUCCUCUGAAUCCUAAUUUAUAUACCAUUGAGUUUACUCAUGGAUCUUUUAAAUGGACGAUUAAGAAGAGAUACAAGCAUAUCCAUCAUCUUCAUAGCCAGCUGAAAAUUUUUAGAACAAGUCUAAAUAUACCUUUUCCUACCAAAAGUCAUAGAGAAAAGAGAACCAGUUUCAAAAGUAUGGCUCAUGACAGUGGAACUAAAAGAAGAGGUGCCUUACCAAGAUUUCCAAACAGGCCCGAAGUCUUAGUACCACAUGAACAUUUAAGUCGUAGAAUGAGGUCAUUAGAACAGUAUUUAGAUACCUUAUUGCAAAUUGAUAUCUACAAAAGACAUCCAGAAACUAUAAGUUUCUUGGAGCUGUCACACUUGUCAUUUAUCGGACCUUUAGGAGAGAAAGGCAAAGAGGGUAUGAUUGAAAAGCGAACGGGUUCGGAAAAAAAAUCAGGCUGCAAUUUCUGCGGCUUGCUGCAUGGUCAGUGCUGUAUAUGGUGUGGCCAUUGUUGCAUGUCUAUGUGCGGCACGUGGCAUAAACGUCACUUUGUCGUCAAAGAUACUUUUAUAGCUUACAUCAGUCCCAAGGAUGGCCGUGUAAAGUCCGUUAUUUUAAUGGAUAAUCAAUUCGAAGUGAGCUCGGGCAUGUACUCGACUGGCUUGAGGAACGGCCUACAGAUACAGAAUCUUAGUAGACAGCUUUUAGUUAAAUGCUGGACUAGAAGAAAGGCUAAAGAAUGGCUCGAGUAUAUACAAAAUCUGGCGCAAAAUGAAGGUAGACCAUUUAUACAAGCAAACCCCCAUAAAUCCUUUGUUCCAUAUAGAUAUCCCAUACAAGCAUCCUGGUUUGUCGACGGCUCGAGCUACAUGUCGGCUAUCGCGGACGCGUUAGAGAAUGCCAAGGAGGAAAUUUUUAUUGCUGACUGGUGGUUAUCACCAGAAAUUUUCUUAAAAAGGCCGGCUGAUCAGAAGAACUACUGGCGACUAGAUCAUAUUUUGAAAAGAAAAGCCGAAAAUGGGGUCAAAAUAUUCAUAAUGAUUUACAAGGAGGUGGAAUUAGCGUUAGGAAUAAACAGCUAUUACAGCAAACAGAGAUUAGUUGAACUCUGUCCUGCAAAUAUCAAAGUAUUUAGGCAUCCCGAUCAUGCGAGAGUUGGUGUAUUUUUAUGGGCACAUCAUGAAAAGAUCGUUGUCGUCGAUCAAAAUGUUGCUUUCCUAGGUGGUAUUGAUUUGUGUUAUGGUCGCUGGGAUACCAAUGAACAUAGAUUAACGGAUAUAGAUUCAACGCAUUUGUCUACGAUUUAUAUACCAUCCAAGGGCAAAGUUACCAGUACGAGUACAAAGAGAGUCACAGAAAACGCUGAAAGCCACGUGCUGUUGCAAUUGGCUAUCGCGACCAAUACCAUUGCAAUGGCAACAACGAAAACUAUACCUCUACUACCAAUGGUUCCAAAAUGUCGUAAAAAACCAGACACGCCACAAUUCGAUCCAAAGGAUCCGUUUUUACUCUCUCCGCCGCAAGGUUUCGAAAAUUAUAAAUGUAAUACUCCAAGCAUACAGAGGAGAAAUCUCUUUGACAUGGCAAAAAAUACCGUCGACCGAGUGAAACAUAAUGUGAGAGUGAAAAAACAAGAGUUUAUCAAUAUGGUUUACAGUCACGCUGGUGAUAGUGACGAUGAAGGGGACACCAUUGAUAACGCAACGUUUAUGCAAUACGGCGAUGGUGAAGGCAGACAAUAUUACGACGAAUUGGAGUUACCUGGCAGCCGGAAAUUGUGGAUCGGCAAGGAUUACACAAAUUUUAUCGUGAAAGAUUUUCAUAAUCUCGACAGUCCGUACAUCGAUCUCGUGGAUCGUAGUACCACCCCUCGUAUGCCUUGGCACGACAUUGGUGUCAUGGUGCAAGGCGCCAGCGCGAGAGACGUCGCCAGGCACUUCAUUCAGCGGUGGAAUGCUAUCAAGCUCGAGAAAGCAAAACAAAACGCAACCUAUCCAUUCCUGCUGCCAAAGUCCUAUAAAGAUUGCAAGAACAAUGUGCCAAAUAUUGGAAUUAACGAGCUGCACAAUGUGAGAUGCCAAGUUUUGCGAUCCGUAAGCUCUUGGUCGGCUGGUUUCCUCGAGCCCAAUGCCAUUGAGCAAAGCAUUCAUGAAGCUUAUAUCCAGGCUAUUAACAAAGCGGAGAGAUAUAUUUAUAUCGAGAAUCAGUUUUUCAUUUCGCUGGCGACGUAUGAUAAUGCGAUGGUGAAAAAUCGCAUUGGAGAAACUUUGAUGAAGAGGAUUUUACGAGCGUAUAGGGAGGGUUCCGUGUUUAGAGUUUUUGUAAUAAUGCCUUUGUUGCCUGGUUUUGAAGGCGAAGUUGGAGGACCCACUGGUGCAGCUUUGAGAGCAAUUACUCAUUGGAAUUAUGCUUCUAUAUCAAGAGGGAAAGAUUCAAUUAUGAAUCAGCUCAUUGAAGCUGGUAUUGAAGACCCUAGUCAGUAUAUAACUUUCCAUGGCUUGAGAACACAUUCAGUUCUCAAUGGUACGAUGGUUACAGAAUUGAUUUAUGUACAUAGCAAACUGAUGAUUGUCGAUGAUAAUACUGUCAUAUGCGGCUCCGCGAAUAUUAAUGACAGAAGUAUGAUUGCCACGAGAGACAGUGAAAUCGCCGUGAUUAUCCAUGACACAGAAUUUGAUGAUUGCAAAAUGAAUGAUAUACCUUUCCAAUGUGGCAAAUUGGCUGGAUCUUUAAGAAAACAGCUAUUUCGUGAGCAUUUAGGUCUUUUAUGGUCAGAUGAAAAAGUAGAUUUAGAAGAUAUAGUGAAACAUACAUUUUAUCAUGAUAUUUGGCGUAAAAGGAGUCAAGUUAAUACGGAAAUAUUUGAAGAUGUCUUCCAUUGUGUUCCUUCGAAUAAAAUCAUUAAUUUUGCAAUGUUGAAGCAAUACUUAGAUGAGACACCUUUGUGCUUAAGCGAUCCUCUUGCAGCUCAAGAAAUGAUAACAAAUAUAAAAGGACACUUGGUAGAUAUGCCGUUGAAUUUCUUAUGUAACGAGUCAUUGAAGCCCGCAGCUAACACAGUCGAAGGUAUAAUGCCGACUUCUUUGUGGACGUGAUCAGUAUUAAUGUCGUUUUUAUUGUUUUGAGGUUAACUUCAUAAAAAAUGCAUGCUGUGACACAUUUUGUUUAAUUAAAGAAUGUUCAUUUUCGAUCAAAUUUUAAUGUAAAAGAAAGAUCUGUUUUAACAUUUAUAAAAAAAACGGCCUAGAGUAGAUUUUGUACUAUUUCUUUUUAAAGCUCGGACUGUUUUAUAAAUAUAACGAUAAUUUUUAUCUCUAACUAUUUUAAGAAAAUCAUUUUAUAUAUAUAUAUAUACACAUUCCUCGAACGAUUUUUAUAAAGCAGGAAUUCUAUCGUGCAAAUAUUUAUUAAUUGUACUAAUUGAUAUUGAUUACUGUUGAAAUGUAAUAUUUA